UGUUAACAUGGGUUGUUCUAGAAAAGUUAUCCAACUGGCCCAAAAUAUAAGAACCAGAACCUCUCAUCAUCAUCAUCAACACUCAACUCUCGACUUUUCUACACUCUCUCUCGACUACUCUUGACUACUCUGUGACAUCACAGGAAAUCACACACUCAAACACAUACAAACAAACUCCACAAUCGAAAUUGACAGGGGGAGUUGAAUUUGAGCCUCUGAAAUGACAUUGGAUUGUCAGUAGACGGCUUGAAACUUCCGGGAGAGGAAAAUCGGAGGAAAUAUUGAUGGUGGCUUCAGUUUAAAAAGAUGUCGGACAAUAUAUUUACCACCGAAGCAUCUUCCAACUCUACACAUUUCAACCCUAAUACCCGCAUAAUAUGCCGCGUAUGCGAGAAGCAAUUUUCACAAUAUACAUGCCCUCGAUGCAAUAUUCGAUACUGUUCUUUGCAUUGUUACAAGUCUCAUAGUCUUCGCUGUACAGAGUCUUUUAUGAGAGAGAAUGUAAUGGAAGAGCUGCAACAAGUGCAAUCUGAUGAAAAUAGUAAAUUUAAAAUGAUGGAAAUACUUAAACGGUUCCAUGAGGAAGAGGAGGCAGAUAGCUUAGAUGAAGAGGAUUCCGUAUCAUCUUUCUCAGAGGAAACUAUUCAGAAGAUUCUCUCAGGCGGCCAGAUAAACUUCGACGAUUUAUCCAUCGAAGAAAAGAAACAUUUUCAAAGAGCCGUUGCCUCAGGAGAGCUCGGCAAACUAAUCCAACCGUGGGACCCAUGGUGGUUAAAGCCUUCUGCCAAACACAUAGCACUCAGCCCUGACGGGACCCACUUAGUCCACCCCAUUCCCAACUCAGAAUCAACUUCACCGGAAAAAUGGGCCGACGUCCCACAUGGGCCUGAAAGCCCAUUACCGCCCGUCUCUCAACUCACUGCCUCAAGCCCAUCCCCACUCUUACCAGUCCACCUCGUGGACAUCAUAUACAGUUACUGCUUCACUCUCCGCCUUUACAACGGUGACUGGGGAGCGGAUCCUCUGGAUGCAUCCACAGUAGUCCUUACCGUGUCCUCUGUCUUGGGCAGUGCCGGAAAACCUCAAACGGUGUUGGAAGCCUUGCUGGACUGUUUGGAGCGAACGUGCUCGCCGGUUUAUAAACAAAUGGGCGGUUUGAAGUUGGGGAUGAGAAUUGUGGAUGAUGUGAUCUGUUUGUUAUGUUUGGGAGGAAAUGCUUUGGUUUGCGCAUUGUGUGAUAUGCGGAGAUUGGUUCAGAAGGGCGAACGGGAGUUGAAGUCAGAGAAAGUUGACAAGUUGAGACGAGCUGAGUUGAGGGGAAAGCUCAAGUCAGCCGAGAGGAAAAUUUACUUUGUCAUGUGUUGGGUUCGUGAGCAAGCGAACGAGUCUUGCUCUUUGUUGGCGGGUGUUGUGGAGAAGGAGAAGGAGUUUGCUGUGGAGCAAUCAGGAGGCAAAGGGAGUGGCGUGAAGUUGGAGGGAAAAUCGGGAAUAAGUGGUAAGCCGUUGAUUAAGGAGGUUGAAGGUUCGUUCUCCCUGACUUUUGUCUGUGUCGACAAACAAUUCGAAAUUCCUCAGACUUUUUUUAGAACAGGUGGAAAAUGGCUAGUGGAAUCUUUUCAAAAUUUCCUACUCUGCAAAUGUGGGAUAUUAGUAUUGAGUCCUAUAAAGGAUGAGUUAUUAGAAGAAAGGUUAAGUGAAUUUGUUUUAUUUAAAGAUCGUCUGGAUGGGUCAUUGUUUAUUCCGGAGAGGAUAUCAUAUCAACAAUUGGUAGAAAUGAUUAAACAAAAUUGUUGGUUCGGAGAAGGUUGGACAAUGAAGGACAUUACUUUAAUAGUUGAGCAACGCGAUGGUUCGUUGAAUUUCUUAAGACUCAAUAACGAAAGUGUUCUUCAGUAUAUUUAUUACCUUACUCCUAUGUCCACGGUGUAUUUGCAUUUAUCGUUGGAGGCAAUUACACCGGUUACACAGGUUGAGGAUGUGUGGGGGUGUUACGGGGGAGAGGUGGAUGUUGAUGGUACGUCGACUUCCCAUCUACGUAAUUUUGGAGAAAGGACAAGCUCAACAAUGCAAUGGGAAAAUGAGAACUGGGAAGAAGAAGAAGGCGAUGAAGAUUUCGUUCCUGGUGAAGAAGAUUUCACAGAUGAGACCUCCGAAAGCGAAUCAGACAGAUCGAUAAAUGAGGAGAGUGAACCCGAAUUGAUUGAAGAGGAAGACCCUCUUCCUAGUGGUGGUCGCCACAUUUAUCGCGAGAUGGGUGAAUGGGAGCCAUCGAAGAUAGAUGAGAACGAGUAUGCUCUUCCACGUUGGAAUGACGACAUUGAGACCAUACCCCAUCCGGAGAUGCAGGCGGCAAUCCAAUAUGCCAAGAGCCUUCUCUACACAUCUCUGACUGUCGGAGGCGGAGAGAUCGGUCAGGGGACGUCGUCAAGCCAAGUUUUAUCACAAGAGAGCUACGUCCAACCCCAGAGGACGCAGUCACACCGAGCCAGGCAUCAACCUCCUCCCCAUAUUCGUGGAGGUAGAAGACGACGUCACCGCGAACCAGUUGCCGACGCCGGGCCUGAGGAACAACAAGAAGAAGGUGCUGCUCUCGACAUGUCCCUCGACGAUUUAAUCAAAAGCAACAAAAAAUCCGCCGCUCGAGGUAGAGGCCGCGGCGGCGGCGGCGGUGGUCCCGGCCCGGCUCGGCGCCAGCCCAAUCGAUCCAAUCGAGCCGCUCCCUACGCACCUCCCAAGGCACCCGAUUCAGUUUGGGGUCACGACCUGUUCUCGGGUGGCGGCGGUGGUCGAGCUCCGGCUUCUGGCAUAGAGACUGGGACCAAGUUGUACAUUUCCAACUUAGAUUACGGGGUCUCAAAUGAGGAUAUUAAGGUUAUAACGGCUUGUGGUAGUGAUCCAAACCAUCAUAUAAAAAUGCAGAUGGCUUUGCAGCCUAUGAUUGAAUGCAUGUCUCCCAGUUCCUGGGUAGCUGGAGGAUGGGGUUUUGGAUGGGAUGAGCAACAAAGAAAGAGGUUUACCCUUGGGUCCGAUGUAAACUUGGUCUCUAGCUUCUUUCCUGAGGUUGGUGACUUGAAGCGCUACAAUGUACACUAUGAUAGAAGUGGCCGGUCUAAGGGUACUGCCGAUGUAGUCUUCUCCAGACGACAAGAUGCAUUAGCUGCUAUAAAAAAGUAUAAUAAUGUCCAGCUGGACGGGAAGCCAAUGAAGAUCGAGAUUGUCAGAACAAAUAUUCCAACUGUUGGUGCUGGUGUGGAUGCUGGUCUUGGUUUUCCAUCUACUGGUGCUUUUGGUGCUCCAAUUACUGUUCCUCGGAGUGGACAAGGCAGGGGUAGUUUCGGAAGACAGCGUGGUGGCGGACGAGGCCGUGGAUUCGGAAGAGGCCGUGGUGGUGGACGAGGAAAGGGCCGUGAUGAGAAGAUAUCUGCUGAGGAUCUUGAUGCUGAUUUGGACAAGUAUCAUGCAGAGUCGAUGCAGACAAAUUGAGUUGUAGCGUGUAUUGGAUUUGAGUGCAAUGUUCAACUGGAUUUGUACUUUUUACCUGACAUUAAGCUUUCUUUCAGACGAAACAGAGCUCUAUGGGGGAGAAUAGAACUCUGCUUCAGAAUGCCUGCCUUGGCCUUUUUUCUGCUUUCUUUAUGUUUUUCGUCGUGUCCCAAUGAUUGUAUUUACAUUUAUGGAUAUAAGAUGAGACCUCCGUGUGUAAUUUUGAAUUUUUUAACAUUCGAUCUCUUUUUUUCGUUUGUUCUGAAACACAACAAGGGAAAGUACAUACGGGCCAGAUCAAGAUGCUCGAUUUCCAAAAUUGAUGGUGCUUUCGAGUAUGUAAUUUUGGGAGCAUUUUAGCUGAGGAAGUCUGUAGGCCCGUUGUUUUGAUCUCCUCGUUACUUCUAUUUUGAUUCUCCAUGGAUAUGGUGUUCGUGUCACUGUAAAUCAGUAUUUUCUCUUUGCAUGAAGUUUACUCUUAAGUCUGUCCAAGUGUCUAUUUAUUGUUUUUAGUCCACCAAAGUUUAGGUAUAAUUCGAAGGGAAAACUGCACCUGACAUCACUACUAC